UGAUGUGCUUCCAGCUGUUUGUGUGGACCGGGACACUGUCUGUUGGACCCUCCCUUGCAGCCUGUGAGAUCAUCACCUCUUCAAAUUAGACCAGAUCCGCCAAUUAACAAGGGGUCAGGCGUCGCCGUCUGCCUUUUAAAAGCAGCCUGAGUCAAACAUCCAGCAGUGUUGGGCCAGGAGCUCCAGCGAGAUUUACAGCAUGAUGCCUUCCAAAGUACUUUGUGCUGCUGCUUUUCUGGCCUGUGCCUUGAAAUUUGGAUCGACUGAGUCAAGCUGCAACGGACGAUGCGGUGCUGAGUAUUACAGAGGUUACAUGUGCCAGUGUGACUAUACCUGCCUGGAGUAUGGAGAGUGCUGUGACGAUUAUGAAUCUAAAUGCACCACAACGGACUCGUGUAGGGGCCGGUGUGGAGAAUCCUUCAAGAGGGGUCGGCUGUGUACCUGCGACCCUGACUGCGCGAAAUACAAGCAGUGCUGUUCGGAUUACAAAGCCCACUGUGCUGCAGAAGAAAUGAAUGGAGCAGCCAGUGCAACAGCACCAGCGAAGACUAGUUCAUGUGAUAAUAUAAAUGAUAGCAAACCCAAAGAUCCAACGCUGACUGAGGCAACAAAUGAGCCUCCAUUAGGCGAUGAAAACAAUGCAGAUGACUAUAUAAUUCCUCUGGACGGUCCAACGUCUUACCCACCUGACGACUUCACCGAUGAUACAGACAACCAGAUAAAUCCCGGUGAUGAAGAGGAUCCGGAGCCCAGUACAACCCCAGAAAGCAGCAGUGGGAACGGACUCUCUACAAUUGAUCCCCUGGAUCAAACUCCUAUCGAACCCACUCUAAGUCCAGAUAAUCAGGAUCAAACUCCUGUCGACCCCACUCUGAGUCCAGAUGCUCUGGAUCAAACUAUUGAACCCACUCUGGGUCCAGAUAAUCAGGAUCAAACUCCUGUCGAUCCCACUCUGGGUCCAGAUAAUCAGGAUCAAACUCCUGUCGAUCCCACUCUGGGUCCAGAUAAUCAGGAUCAAACUCCUGUCGAUCCCACUCUGGGUCCAGAUGCUCAGGAUCAAACUCCUGUCGAUCCCACUCUGGGUCCAGACACUCUGGAGCUAACAACAGAGCCAAAUAAAGCUGACGAUGUCGGCCUCUCCACCCGUUCCCCCACUACUGAAGAACCAACAGCAGAUCUCACAGAAGGGACAGCUCUGCCCUCAGUCCCAGAAACGGUACCUGCAGCUUCAACCGACGCCCCGGAGGUCGUGACCUCCAGUCGUCCUUCACAAGAGCCAGAAGUCACACCGAUGGACACCCAAGACCCAACACCGGCGAUCCCAGAGGAAACCACUUCCAUCUCCGACACUGACAACGACCCGGCAACAGAUGCUCCCUCCAUCUCGUCCACAGCAGCCGUGAACGAAGAGACCACGCGUAGCAACGUGCCACUAGAGAUCACGACCUCCAGUCCAGUGAAAGCCCCCCUGAAGACAACCAGCCCACCGGUAUCUGAGCCCACCACGAAACCCGCGGGCAAACCUGCCCCGAGCAAACCACUGCCCCCCUCUAAACCAGACACCAAGCCGGGGAAGGAUCCUCAAACCGUGAAUAUAGACGACCCCAGGAACUACCAAGGAGAUGACAGCAAUGACACCAACCUGUGUAGCGGGCGGCCCGUCGGCGGAAUGACCACCCUGAGGAACGGCACCAUCGCGGUGUUUAGAGGUCACUACUUCUGGACCCUGGACAGAAACAGGGUGCCAGGUCCGGCCCGAGGUAUUACGGAUGUGUGGGGCGUCCCCUCUCCCAUCGACACCGUGUUCACGCGCUGCAACUGCCAGGGCAAAACAUACAUUUUCAAAGGAGGCCAGUACUGGAGGUUUGAAAAUGAUGUUUUGGACACCGGGUUUCCCAGAGUCGUUAGUACGGGCUUUGGUGGCCUGCGGGGCCACAUCACCGCGGCCUUGUCCGUGCCUCAGUACCGGAGCAGGGGAGAGUCCGUUUACUUCUUCAAGAGGGGGGGAUUUGUUCAGAAAUACUCAUACCAGUUUGGCACCACCUCGAAAUGUGGCAGGAAAGUCACUUAUCCCAUGAAAACCAUUCUCAUCCGGAAGGUUCGGCAAGCAGUGUCAGUUUUAGAACCAACCAUCAACAUCCGUACUUCCUGGAGGGGCUUCCCCUCCACCAUAACGGCUGCCGUGUCUGUGCCGAGCACCAGAGAACCAGACGGGUACAAAUACGUCGUCUACUCAAGAACCAAGUCCUACAGCGUGAGGCUGGACGGCCAACGCCCCGUCAUCGCUCCUCCGAAGCCAAACGUGGCCCCUCAGACCAGCGACGUCUUCAAAUGUCCCAAGAAAUCCUAGAAGAUCAGCGUCUGACAAGACAGCUUUUACAACGGUUUUCUUUUUAACUUUAUUAUAUCUUCAUAAAACACACCGCUUCAGCUUGAACUCACAUGAGUACAAAAAGAUAUUUUCUAAGCACAUUGAGAGAAACAAGGCAAAAAAAGAAAAAAAAAAAAAAACAACAAAAAACGGACAAAACAAUCCAACUUUAAAGAAAAACAUCUAAAUCGCUAUGAUGAACUGUGGUUCUGAUGGGAAUGGUUGUCCGGUCCUCUGGUUAGUGCUUCAUCUUGCAAAUCGUCUUCCGGGUAAGGCCUGACCUGCAAAAGUGUUGAACAUAAUUUUAGUCAAACCUGCUAAACUGUUGUAAAUUCUGUACAAAUGGCUCCAGGAACUGUAUUCAUGAGAACAUAAUGAAUGUAUGUCAAUGUUUGCUGUUAUCGAGUUGUCAUUAAAGACCGAAUUCUGAAAAAGUACAAGCUUUCUGUGAGUUUUUUAUAAGA